AUGAAGAGAGGCCGAAGUUCUGACCGUCAAUCAAGUUCCAAGAGAGCAAAGAGGUCAAAGAAUAAGGAGGCAUCUAAAAACAAUUCUGAGAUUGAGAGACCUAUUGCAUUACCUUCUCGCAGAGGGGUAAAAAGGGCUGGCCCCUAUCUUUUAGGUCCACGUUUAGGCUCUUCUCCAGUUCGCAGCAUUGUUCAGUGUCUUGCUAGAAAAGAAGGCACAAAUGAAUUUUACACAUUAAAAAUCCUAACAUUAGAGGAUUCAUUACAUGCUGACCAAGAUGAUCACCAAGGUAAAAUGCUGAUGCACACAGAGUAUUCCCUCCUUUCUUUGUUACAUAAUCAGGAUGGUGUCGUACAUCAUCAUGGCUUAUUCAAGGACCAAGCCCGUGAGGAGAAAGACACUUUGAAUGCUAAUGGCUAUAUUGAAUACACUGGUAGAAAACGGAAUCGUCUCUGUCUCGUCUUGGACUGUCUUAUUCCCCACGAUUUCAGCAGCAAAACAUCUGAUCUCAUCAACCUUCAACAUUAUGUUAUCAAAGAAAAAAAACUUAGUGAGAAGGAAGCGGUCAUCAUUUUUGCUGAUAUUGUCAGAAUUGUGGAAAGUUUACAUAAGAAAAAUAUAGUCCAUAGAGAUCUGAAACUAGGAAACAUAGUGCUGAAUAAGAAAUCGAGACGAGUGACCAUCACCAAUUUCUGUCUUGGAAAACAUCUGGUUUCAGAGAAUGAUUUACUCAAGGAUCAACGAGGCAGUCCAGCUUAUAUCAGCCCUGAUGUGCUAAGUGGAAAACCCUACCUUGGUAAACCAAGUGACAUGUGGGCUCUCGGUGUAGUUUUGUUCACCAUGAUUUAUGGUCAGUUCCCAUUCUAUGACAGUGCACCACAAGAAUUAUUCCGAAAAAUCAAAGUAGCUGAAUACAGUAUUCCACCUGAUACACAAGUGUCUGAAAAUACCAUCAGAGUUAUAAGAGAAUUGCUCAUUCUUGAUCCUAAAACCAGACUCACUGCUUCACAAGUUCUCAGUUCAUUAGCCACCAUCAUUGGACAGUGGCGGGCCAAAUCCAGCCGAAAUCUUCCAUUCCAAACUGUUCCUGACAUUGAUGAUGAAAUCCCAAAGCCAGAAUGGGAACCAAAUCCCUGGCAAGUUGCUACAACACAAGUUCCUCAAAGACCAGUUCAGACACCAACCCCUGAGCAGAGUGAAGUGGAUAACAUCAGCGAUGCCUUUAUUGCUUUCUGA